CUCUUGCCAAUAUAAAACUGUAUUGGUUGACUGUCGCUUUAUCGUGGAUGGACAUUUUAAUCUAAAAUUUGUGUAUUUGAUGGUUUGGCUUGACUCUUGGCCUGGCUUGCUAAGCUAUUUUAGGGGUUUGUGCAGGGAAGUGAGCAAGCAAAAAUUUCGUGAUAAUUUCUGGCUCGCGUUUGAAACAUUGAGGCGGAACCAAAAAGAAGGUAGAAGAUGUUCACAUUCAGAGUUCUGUUUUCGAAUGAGUUCAACUUGAGUCUCACUUUGGAGAACCCCGAUGAAGAGAUAACAAUAUUUCUGUCGCCUCCAUUUCAGUAGCAUUAGGGCUACGCAGCAAUCUCAAAAAAGGAGCGGACAUUUGGGUGUACACGGAUGGAUAAGACGGCAUAUAUGGAGGCGGCGAUGGAGGAAGCGAGGCGGGCUCUUUCCCAACUGGAAGUUCCCGUGGGGUGUGUGAUUGUUGAAAAUGGUCAGGUCAUUGCGCGAGGGAGCAACGCCACCAAUCAUACCAGAAAUGCAACGAGGCACGCCGAGAUGGAAGCCAUUGAUAAUCUUCUUCAUCUCUGCCAAUCUGCUCAUCUCACGCAACAGCAAGUCGCUCAGCGAUUCGCAGCAUGUGAGCUCUAUGUAACCUGCGAGCCCUGCAUCAUGUGUGCUGCUGCACUCUCUCUCCUUGGGAUCACACGUGUUUUCUAUGGUUGUGCAAAUGACAGGUUUGGGGGAUGUGGGUCUGUCAUGGAAGUGCACAAGCAUGGCUCUGGCCCUUGCGGGAACAAUCAAGCUGAGGAGAAGGGGAGAGGGUUUACUUGUGUUGGGGGAUUAAUGGCCGAUGAGGCAGUUCAUCUAUUUAGGAGUUUCUAUGAGAAGGGGAACCCUAAUGCUCCAAGGCCUCACAGGCCUCUCAGUUGAGGAAUUGACAUCAUGCAUUCCUACCAAAUUGAAGGUGUAUGUUGCAGAAUCAUUUUUCAUAUUUUGUUGACAAUAGGCAUGUUUCCUUUUUAGCUACACUAAGAUUUAUUUGCUGAUGAAACGCUGACAUGUUUAUUUGAAAAAAAAAAUGUUGGUGACAUUUUCAGUCCCUCAUAUGGCCAAUUUUUACUUACUGUACUUUUCCUCGGCGGUCUUGUAUUGAACCUCGGCGGUCUUGUAUUCCUUUCAAUAAAGCGUCUCUUCUUUUGUAUGGAAGACUUUUUGUAAUUGUUUCCUGAAAAAUCUUUGAUUUGUUCUUGGUUUGUUCCCCUUCCAUUUGGGAGACAGAUAUAUGGAAUUGCAGGCUCUAGAUGAUUAGUUUUA